AUGUCGGUGUAUAUGGACUAUCAGAACAGAGUUGGGCAUAAGCUCGGCUCUGGUGCCCCCGCCACUUGGCAGGAGGCUAACCUUGAGAGGAAGGAGCGGCUUCGGCGAUUGGCCCUCGAGACCAUAGAUCUGAACAAGGAUCCUUACUUCAUGCGCAACCACUUGGGCCAGUUCGAGUGCCGACUCUGCCUUACACUGCACACGAAUGAGGGUUCUUACCUCUCUCACACCCAGGGCAAGAAGCACCAAACAAACCUUUCGAGACGUCUUGCAAAGGAGAAGGCAGAUGCCGUCAUCGCCCCUAUGCCACUAAAGUUUGCUCUGCUCUGCGAGGUCGAGUAUCCGGAGAUAGUUCGUGGCACCCGACCGUAUCACAGGUUUAUGUCGGCCUUCGAACAACGCGUGGAGACCCCCCCAGACGGAAACUAUCAGUUCCUUCUUUUCGCCGCGGAACCCUAUGAGACCAUUGCCUUCAAGAUCCCGAACAUGGAGAUUGAUAGAGAAGAUCCCCGGCAUCAUGCAGGUUGGGAUGAAGAGAAGAAGGUCUACACAAUGCAAAUCUUUUUUUCCAGACGGCAGCCUCGGCCUCUCCCAGCACUACCUCAGCGCCCCACGACGUUCUUGCCAGUUGGCGCCCGCUGGUGA